AUAGUUUUACUCCUUUUCCGGCCUGUCAUUCUUUUUGUUUGAACUUGCGUCAAGAAAGCAUAAAGUAUUCACUGAAGCAUGAUCAAUUUCUCAUUCAAGUAUAUCUGUUCGUCAAAGUCCUAUGCACAUCACCAUGCAAGUUCUACUGGUAUUCUAUGAAUAUUCAGCCCUCUAAACAGCUUAUCGGUAACACAAUAAGUGUCUUUCCAAAAYCACACAUUUAUUUUUAGUGAAUGCAAUAGAGAACGCCGGAAGAAAAGGUAUUAAACCAUCAACUUCUGGACGGAAAUCGAGUGAAAUGGCGAGUGUUGUCUAUCGUGAACCGAACUACAAGAAGCCAGUCAAAUCGAUGGAGAGAACGUCAACUUCGACAUUUGAAAGCAUGUUGAAGCUUCUACUGUUCUUAGAAACCGAGCUACAGUUAAAAGAGGAACUUUUAGAACUGUUAAUGGAAGAUGAACGAGUCAACACCAUCCUAAACGAGAAGCUUGCCAAGCUAAGAGAGAGAAACAUGAAUGACCCAGCCUUGGCCCUUGGCCGAGACAAUGCAUUCGAGGAGGGGACUUGGAGCGCGUGUUUUGAUGAAUGGCGCGAAUCGAGCUCGCCUGUUGAACGAGUGAUCGCUUCAAAUUCUCUCCACCUUGGGGCUAGAGCAGCUAUGAGAUGUGUUGACCUCGCAAAACUACAACUUCACCGAUAUAAGGAAACAUACUGCACACUACAAAAAGCUGCAUUGGGGUAUAGAAAGAUAAAACAAAAACUUAUCAAAGAAAAACAUCGCAGAAGCCAAGACAUGACUUUCGACAGCCCUGAAACAUUAUCGACUUUGAUUACCGAUUUACAAGAAAAAAACAAAAUGCUCUACGAAAAACUAACCUGGGAAAGGAAUCGAGCAAAUAAGCUGGAAAACCAAUUAGAAGAACUGACUGCUGUGAUGAAUAGAGACCGAAGAAAAAGUGGGUACAUUGUGAAGGUACUCGCACAUGAGGUGGAACAGUUAUCACAGCAAGUUAGGAUGAGAAAUGACCUUACAAAGCAGGACGAACGACUUCCGAACGGUUUUCAUAAGUCGUCUGUAGGGGUUAAUGAAUCGAAUGAUGAUUGCGUUUCGACAGUUGAUAGUCAAUGUUGACAACGAUAUUGGUAAUACUCUUGUACAAAUACUCGAAGCAAGUGUCCGUCAUAUACCCUGGGACGAUGAACGAACCACGUGACGGAGCGAGUGAGAAGCAUGCUUCCGUAACCGUGGCGAGAACUUGGAACUGGGAUUCUGACUAUUCGAUAGAGAAUAACCUUUCUCUCAUGUACUACCCCUCCCCCACUCGGGGCUUAGGGAACAGACCACUUCCUCUCUUUUUGAUGUUUGGAGCACAAAUUUUCGAAUUCUCAUAAUAUUAACUCUGUAUCAGAUAACGAACCCAAAGUCCUAAAAUUAACAUGCACGGAACAUUCUCUUAUAGUAUAUUCCACGUCUUUACGAUACCGGGGACCCGAAGCGAUUGAGUUACUGAGGUAGAACCUGAGCUACUCUCUUAUAUACAUCAUAAAACCUGAAUGAAUAGUAUAAUGAAUCGUCAGUCUUCAUUUUGAUCAGAUCUCGCAACUGAGUCAAGCUGGUAAAGGACGGUGAUAGCAAGGUGUACGGACACCUUAAGUUUUGUUUCGCGCAUAGAAAAAUCCUCAGGAAACUAGACGAGUGAUAACACAAGAAAGAAAACCUGUAUGUAAAGAAGACAGAAAUUAGGUUAUAAGCUUUUGCUUCUUCAUGAAAAAGUGGGUUAAGCCGGCGUAUUGCGUGCACAUGUCUGACUCUAUUGAUAAACGCGGUCCACAAACUUCCAUAGUAAAGAUUGCGUGCAGA